CUUAUUUCUAAUCAGGUCUAUGCUCAGCAAAAUCAGCUGCAUCUCCCCCCUGCGGCGCUUCAUGUGUUGGAAUUGACAGGAGGAUACAAAGUGCUGAAUUAAUGUCUCCCCAUCGAUACCGCCUUCGUUGGGUCGGGUGGCCAGUAACGGAGCAUGUCCAGGAGGGCUUUCGUUGGAUCGAGUGGCACCUACAAUGUGCGCGCUUCAGAGCUUGCUCGGGAGAAACGCGUCAAAACCAUUCGAUGCACUGUUUUCUUCCUGGACCACUCCCAACAAACUUUUGAAUUAGAUAAACGAAGCAAGGGCGAAGUAAUAUUAGACAUGGUUUUCCAACAUUUAGAGUUAAAUGAAAGAGAUUAUUUUGGUUUACAAUUUUCUGAAACAGAUCACUCAUCAGAUACAAUGAGGUGGUUAGAUGCAACAAAACCUAUUCGAAAACAAGUUAAAUUGGGACCUCCAUUUCUUCUGUAUUUUAGAGUUAAGUUUUAUGUUUGUGACCCUAGCAAAUUACAUGAAGAGUACACAAGGUAUCACUUCUUUCUACAAUUAAAGAAGGAUAUACUUGAUGGAAAACUUAUAGUUCCUUCUGCAACAUCUGUAUUACUAGCUAGUUAUGCUGUUCAGUCUGAAAUUGGCGAUUUCAAUCCUGAAGAGCAUAAAAAUGGCUAUUUAUCAGAUUUGCGCUUAAUUCCUAACCAAUCUGAAGAGAUGGAGAAAAAGAUUAUGGAAUUGCACAAGUUGCAUAAAGGACAGACACCUGCGGAUGCUGAAUAUAACUUUCUGGAUCACGCUAAAAGAUUGGAUAUGUAUGGGGUUGAUUUACAUAGGGCAAGGGAUUCAACAAAUGCUGAUAUUCAACUUGGUGUAACUUCAUCAGGUUUAGUUGUCUUCCAAAAUAAUUUGAAAAUUAAUACAUUUUCCUGGGCAAAAAUAGUCAAAAUUUCUUUUAAACGUAAACAAUUUUUCAUUCAACUGCGUAGAGAAGGAACAGAAACCUAUGACAGUUUAUUAGGCUUCAACAUGUUGAGUUAUCGAUCCUGUAAAAAUCUUUGGAAAUCUUGUGUAGAACACCAUACUUUUUUUCGCCUGCAUGUACCAAGAGCACCAACCAGACGUUUGCUAUUUAGUUUGGGAUCUAAGUUUCGAUAUAGUGGUAGAACAGAAUAUCAAACAUUAGAAGAUGGAAAGCAUAAAGCGAGAUCAGAAAGAAUCUUCACAAGGUAUUUAUCACUAUCUCCAAGUAAAAGAUUUGCAAGGCAAACAGUACCCCAAGUUACCCGGGAAGUACUAGAUGGCUGGGAAAAAAAGAUAUCAAAACCUGUUGCCAGGAUCAAUGGCACAUCUUCUUCACAUAUCCGCCCAUAUGACAGUUUCAAUCAUAAAAUCCAGGUGUCUGAGCCAGACCACAAGCCAAGAAAAGCCUGGGCUGAGACACCAAGUCCAGAUAUUUCUACUGCCUUUACACCAUCUAUUCCGCCCAAACUCAUCAAUUAUGUGGAUGACGAUAAUGCCACAGAUGAUUUGUAUGAAAUGACAUCCUAUGUGUCGGAAACAGCUGUGGCUCUCUUGGACAAUGCUAGAAGACGCAUUGGGGUUCUCAGGGGUUGUCUUCUGAUUGAUAUUGAAGUUCUGAAAACAAUUUUCAUUUACAUUGAUGGAAUGGGUUGUCUCCAAAGGAGAUGUUUCAAGCUAGAAGGCUAA